AUGAACAACCCUUCGGCCCUGAUCCAAACAGUUCCAACUUUGGACGGCAACUCGGUAACUUUUACGUCGUGGCGAAAUCGACUCCAGAACGUCCUACAGAUUCAAGGAGUCCUCGACAUAGUCAACAAGGCCCCCCCACGUCCGAACAACGCUGACUCCAAGGAAGGUAAACUCGCGGUCCGAUCUCCGGAACAACGAGGUUACAACCCUGAAGACUACGGAGCAGAUUGGGUCCGACAUGGCAUGCUCAACUAUCCAAAUGACAUUGUCAUCGGAUCUCGCUAUACGAUACGAAACGGUAAAGCCCGCCAUCAACCAAUUGCGAAGUGGAUCGCUUGGCUUCGGAUGGCUGCCUCGGAUCUGGCAAGCGUAAAACUCACUCCCUCCGAUCAGCAGAUUUGUGAUCGACUCAUCCGCGGCCUAGACGACUCGUGGAAAACGAUCAGGGAUCAUUUGGCAUACUCGCCAAACAAGAUCUCCCUUGAUGACGCUGUCGGUGCGCUUGAAUCUCAUGAGAUCUCGACAAACACUCCACUCGACCACUCUGAUCAACUGCAGUCAGCCUCCGCCGCAGUGAAAGGUAAAGGCCGACCGCGAUGCUACACCUGCGGAGAAAAAGGCCAUCACUCAGCCGAAUGCCCAAAGAAGAAGUCCUUCAAGUCCUCUUCAAAAUCGGCCGAGGCUCGAGCAGGCGCCACAGCAGUGGCUCAUCUAGGCAACUAA